AUGCCUAUUCAGCAUUUUAUCUCAGAGACAAGUAAACAUAUCUCAACACCUUCAACGCCUACAAGCAAUGGAAAGGAAUACAAAGUACUUAUUGCUAUUACAGUGCCUACACGUAAUUGGAAGUACGUGUUCAAAGUACGCUCAGACAUACUAAUUGGAGAGUUAAGAAAACAAGCCAUUGAAACGUAUAAUCUACGAGAAAUUGAUUUUAUUAAUCAUGGCUUAUAUUUGCCACCAGAAGGUGGAAAAAAAGGCAAAUUUCUUCAAAAUGAACGAACAAUUUCUGAUUAUCCACAAUUGGUUGCAACAAAAUUAUUUACCAUUGAUAAAAAUGAUGGUAAUUAUAGUGAAUAUAUUGUCCAUGAAACAGAUAACAAUCGGAAUGGUGCAACAAAUGAUGGUAAAUGUAAUGAUCCAGUACUUUUGGAGUUGUUACCAAAAAUUCGAUAUGUUGAAGAAUAUCGAGUGGAUGGAUCGAAAAUAAACAAAAGAAUUCAAUCGAAACAUAAUCAAAAACGUUUAUUAUCCGCUAUCAAACGGAAUGAUAUUCCUCGGGUUACAGAUCUACUUGAUCAAGGCUUAGAUCCAAAUUUUCAACAUUCAUCCAGUGGAGCUACACCAUUAGAAUAUGCAGCUGAAUUAUCUGAUCCAAGGGAAAUGAUUUUACAACUUGUCAAUGCUGGAGCUCACUUAGACUAUCGUGAUGGUGAUACUAUGACAGCAUUGCACAGAGCUGCUAUCUGGGGGAAUUUAAAAGCAAUUGAGGUUUUCUUAGAACUUGGACAAAAUCCAAAUAUUCGAGAUAAUCAAGGUCUUACACCAUUGUAUUAUGCUUGUUCAGAAGAUAUUCCACCUGGUUGUAUUAAACGAUUAUUAUUUGAUCAUGCAAUUCUUGGGAUAACAGAUGAUAAAGGUAGACAAGAAAUUCAUCAAGCUUGUUUAAAUGGUCGAAAAGAAACCUUGGAACAAUUGAUCAUAUAUGGAGCUGAUUUAAAUGCACAAGUUGAAAAUCAUAAUACACCAAUACAUUUAUGUAUAUUAGCUGAUGAAGUAGAAUGCCUUAAAUUAUUGUUACGUUGUGGAGCUUCAACAACAAUUGUUAAUUCUUCUGGACAAACACCAUAUGAGUUAGCUGUACUAAUUGAACGUAUGUAUUUAGCGAAUAUAUUACAGAAUUUCGAUGAGAAAUCAGUUAAAGGAAUUGACAAAACACCAGUGUAUAAUAAAGACAGACGACCAACAAUUCAUGGACCGCGUGCUGUAUUUGAUAUAAUGAAUUUCAGUAAUCAUCAUCAUAGUAAUACAAUGACUAUAGGUAAAUUACGUAACUGCCUAUCUGUGGAUAGUGAAAUGACACAUCACAAAUAUAAUCGGUGCCUGUCAUUUGAUUACAAUCGAUUGACACAGUCUACACUAACACAAAAUGAUAAAAUGGUAUUUUAUGGAAAAAAUGAUCAGAUGCCUGAUGAUGUCAACUGUAAUAACCAUAAUAACAACUACCAUAAUGAUAAGACUAUGAAUAAUAAUGAUGGAUACAGGCCAUUACUACCUUUCAGAGGAUUGGCAAUGAACAAUAAUAAUGAUCGUUAUGGGCAGACAGUCUAUUCUCGUAGUAAUUCACUAGGUGGUCAUACAAAAUUGUGGAAAUUAAGUCAAUUAAGACAACACUUUCCCAAUAGUCGUAUACGUUCAGUUACUUUAGAACGUGGAAUAUCUGGUUAUGGUUUUAUUAUGCAAGGAACAGAUACUCUGAAAGGAAGAUAUUCUAACAGUGUGAGCUUACCGACUCAACAUAUUAUGAGUGUUCAACCAGAUAGUAAAGCUGACAAGGCAGGACUGAUUCCAGGUGACUACUUAAUUGAGAUUAAUGGCACUGAUGUGUUUGAUUCGCCGCAUACUGAAGUUGUUCAUUUAAUUUCAUCAGCGCAAGAUCUUUUGACUCUGAAAAUUAUCAACCUUCUAGAUAAAUCUGAAGUGAAUUCGAAGGUUAGUAAUGGUGAUCAUAGCAACAAAAGCAACAGCUGUAACAAUAGUAACAGCAGUAGCAAUAGUGGCAGCAGCACCACCACUGCUAACACUAACAUCAGUAACAGUCGAACAAGUUUUAUCAGUGUUGACCUCAGACGACGUAGUGCACAACGUUCAGCUAGUUUACAUACUAUAACAUGUAAUCAUGAUGAUCAAGAGAAAAUAAUUUGUACUCAUAUUACUACUAAUUUUGAUAAUAAUCACAGUAGUAAUAUUAGCAACAGCAAUCAAAACAAUAAGGAUCAUACAGAUGGAGAUAAUAGUUAUGAGAGAACCCUAUUCCUAUCGAAACAUGAAUCACCUUAUCAGUGUCAUUAUCGUCCAUAUAAUAAUAAUAAUAAUAUUCAUGAUUAUGGUCGGUCAACUCAAGCUUUGUACACCGAUAGCCAUCAUUUCGACAAGAAGUCAAGAUCAUUACUUAUCAUAAUGAAGAAUGAAAGUGAACAACUUCAUGAGACCAAUAGAACAUCACCAUUACUGAAAUCAUUGUCAUCACCAUCGUCAUCUACAAGUGUCUUGGAAAACACAUCGAAAAUUACUACUACUACCACUACUAGUAGUAUUACUAUUACUAUGGCCAAUAGUACAUAUAGUAAUGGUAGUGGGAUCAGUGGAAAUAAGCUUAUACGAACCUUUUCUGAAACAGAACACUUUAUAAUGUCAAAACCAUAUCAAGAAGUGAUAAAUACACUACAAAAAACACCUCAAUCAACAAUUAUUCUCUAUGAUCAACAAUUUAAUGAACAAAAAGAUGAACAAUUUAUACAAAAUCAAAAGAUUAAAUCAUUAUCAUUAUCACGAACAUCACCAAUAUCAUCAAUUAUGAUAUCAACAUUACCAUCAUUUCAUUUAUCAUCAACAAAAUAUGGACAACAAGAACAUCAGAAUACAGAAGAGGAGAUAGAAGUUUUAAAACAAUUGAAAAAAUCAACUCAAUAUGCUUAUACUACUCAUAUCACUAAUAGUAGUAAUAAUAAUAAUGUUGAUGAUAAUAGUAGUAUUCAUAAUCACGAAACUAAUCGAGUACAAUAUGAAGAUGAACAAUUUGUAAAUCAACAACCUUAUGAUAUAUCAGCUGAUAAAUGGGAUUCAUCUUGGGAUUCAGAAUCAGAUCUGGUGAAUAUAUCAGAAUUGACUGAAAUUUCAGAGAAUUCGCUAAAACCUGAAAGAAACAGUUAUACUACUACUAAUAAUAAUAAUAAUAACGAUAAUAACUCCAGAAAUCAAGGGUGUAUAGAAGAGAAACAGCAACACAUAGAAAAACAAAGAAAUAAUGAAGAAAGUUUUGAAGAGAGAAAAGAAAGUGAUCAAUCUCCUGAUACUAGAUCAUCAUUAUUAUUAAAAGAGAAUGAAAUAAAUACUGUAGAAUUCUCCAAGAUGAAUAUUGAAGUGAAUGGUAUAAAAAUGAAAACAUAUCCUGAACGAUAUGUACAACAUAUUACAGUGAAAAAUAGUAGAAUAAACAAAGAUGAAAAUAAACUUUAUGAUAAUGGAAAUGAACACAAUCAAGUUUCUGUUAACAUCUCAACAAGCUAA